GAUCAUAAGCUUGUAAAAAUUUCCAUUAUUAUUUAACUCUUCCAUAUAAAUCUCCAUUCUACAAACAAACAAACAAACGAACGAACGAACACACGCACACAUACCCACACACACAUUCUUUCGUAAAAAAAACCAUGUCAAUCGGAGUUCCAGUCAAGCUACUGCAUGAGGCGCAGGGCAUAUUAUCAGUCUGGAGCUGAAGACUGGGCAACUGUACCGCGGGCAGCUUGUUGAGACAGAGGACAACAUGAACGUGCAGAUGAAGGAGAUCACGGUGACGGAGCGCGACGGGCGUACGGGGCACCUGAAGCACGUGUAUGUGCGGGGAUCAAAUGUGCGGUUCUUCGUGGUGCCGGAUAUGCUGAAGAAUGCGCCGAUGUUCCAGCGCAUGGAUCCCAAGUUCGCCAAGAUGCGCGGAAUCGGCAUGGGCCGAGGCAGCGGGCCCGGACCUAGCGGCAGCGGCAGCGGUGCUGGAGGCAGUGGUGCUGGGCGAGGCGGAAGGGGUGGGCGCGGUGGGCGCGGCGGAGGCAGCAGGGGAGGAGGCCGCGGCGGCUCACGGGCAGCGCCGUACUAGACUCUAUAAUCUUUGUUGUUGUUGUUG